AUACCAGCGGGGCACAGUUUAUACAUAACCUCACCUGAGUCACUUUCACACAUUGCGACUACAACCUCAGUCUCAGUCUCAAUCUCAACCUCAUCUCUCAAAUUCGCCACUAAAAAUGUCUCUCACAAACGCCUCCCCCGAGGCUGCAGCUAGCGCCGCAAAGACAGCAUCUUUCACUCUCGCGACCCUCCCGGCCAGCGAGCGCAACAAUGCACUUGAAGCCAUCCACGCUGCCUUGACGGCCUCAAAAGACGAGAUCCUCGCAGCCAACGCCAAGGAUCUUGAGCUGGCAAGGAAGGCUGCUGAUGAGGGCGGUCUUAGCCAGGCUCUUGUAUCGCGAUUGGAUCUUGGAAAGAAGGGAAAGUGGGAGGAUAUGCUCAAGGGAAUCUUGGAUGUGAGGGAUCUAAAUGACCCAAUUGGCCAGAUUCAGAUGAGAACAAAACUCGAUGAUGAUCUCAUCAUGGAGCGUGUCUCAUGUCCCAUUGGCGUCCUCCUUAUCAUUUUCGAGGCCCGUCCCGAAGUCAUCGCCAACAUCGCUUCUCUUGCUAUCAAGUCUGGAAAUGCUGCCAUUCUCAAGGGUGGGAAAGAGUCUACAGAGUCCUUCGUGGCCAUCUCAAAGGUCAUCUCAUCAGCUCUUGAGACCACAAAGGUCCCCAACUCAGCCAUCCAGCUCGUCACAACCCGCGACGUCAUUUCCCAGCUCCUCGCUCAGGACCGCUAUAUUGAUCUUGUCAUACCUCGCGGAUCGAAUGAACUUGUUCGUUACAUCAAGGAGUCCACAAAGAUUCCCGUUCUCGGCCACGCUGAUGGUCUCUGCCAUAUCUACUUGACAGCCUCUGCCAAUAAGGAAAAGGCUAUUACUGCUAUUGUGGACUCCAAGACAAGCUAUCCUGCUGCCUGCAACGCUGUCGAAACCCUUCUAGUCCAGGAAUCGGCUCUGAAUACCAUCUUCCCUGCUGUUGCUUCCGCUCUUGCGGCCAAGGGGGUUUCCCUCCGAGUCGACGAGCCCAGCAAGGCUGCCAUUUCUUCUCUUUCACUGGAAGGUGUUCAAGAUGCCACCCCUCAAGACUAUGACACUGAGCAUCUAUCCCUCACCAUUGGCGUAAAGACUGUUUCCUCUAUUGACGAGGCCAUCACCCACAUCAACACCCACGGCUCUCACCACACAGACGCUAUCAUGAGCUCUGAUUCUACCGAGGCCGAACGUUUCAUGAACGAGGUUGACUCAGCUGGUGUGUACUGGAAUGCCGCUACUCGUCUUGCCGACGGCAUGCGUUAUGGUUUUGGUACCGAAGUUGGUAUCAGCACAAACAAAAUUCACUCUCGUGGUCCAGUCGGCCUCGAUGGACUGACUAUUUACAAGUACAAGAUCAGAGGCGACUACCAAGCUACUGCUGACUAUGGAGACGGAGAAGGCAAGAAGCCCUGGAAGCACGAGAAGUUGUCCCUUUAGACAACUGCUUGCAAAAAGAAAAAAGAAAAAGAAAGAAAAAAUCGACGGCAUAUCACGGAGGCGUUGGGUAAAGUUUAACAGCUAUAAAAAAUAGUAGGCUGUUCAAGUCACGGUUUCAAGACAAUUAUA